AUGGCCCCUGGUCAGCUGGGCGACCAGGGGCUGGCGCAGGGGUGUGGUGGCAUUGAGGCAGCGCAGUGGCGGCGUGCGGGCGGCUGGCGGCACGCGGGCGGCGCGUGGGCGGCUCGUGGGCUGCAGGCGGGCGGCUGGCGGUGCUGGGCGGCGCGGCGGGGGUUACCGCUAGCGGCGGUGGCCGCCGGGCUGCGCACUGGCGGCAUCAAAACUAAGAAAUGUGAUGGAAUAACUACUUGUUAUAGAUGCACAUUAGAAAAGAAUGGUCAUCGACUCUCAAAAUGGAACAAUAUGGAUCCUGAUCAGCAACCUAUUUGUUUGCAAAGACUAUCUCAAAUUGAGGAUAUGUUGAUUGCAAGGGUUAGCCCAGUACUUCAAGUUACUUAUGCUAGGGGAGGGCAACUCAAAUAUAGUGGCCACACUAUUUGUUUUCCUCAAGAUAUUACUACAAUUGCAUCCUACUUGCCAAGACGUGUACAUGAAUUGGAUAUAAUAAUAGUAAACAGGGAAAGCAUUGGGCAACAGAAAUAUAACUUUUAUGUUAUUAGAGAUCGUGUUCAUGAAGCAUUGAAAUAUAAGAUAAUCAAUGAACCAUACUAUAAAGAUGUAAAGUUAGAUGAACUUGCAUUAACAUCUUUACCCAUUACCUCUACUGACAUCUCGGACCUUCUAUAUGCAACAACUUCAACCACUGAUCCAAGAGAUGCAAAGUUCACACAAUCAGAUAUUAUAGAGGAUGACACAUUACAUGAGAACAUGGAAUCACAAUCUUCAUUUGUGGCAAAUAUUCCACCUGCACUUAGAGAGGUUGAAGAGGUGUUCUCUUUACUACAACUAGGGAAAGGACGACCAACUCCUACUCUAAAUUGGCCACCUAUUUCUCCAUCCCCCAUAAAUGAAUACACCAUUGAAGGAUUGUUUGCAAUGACAUUUCCCACUGUGUUUCCAAAAGGAAGCGCCAUAUUCAAACAACAAUGCAUCAAAGAAGUUAAGUUACAUGAAUAUGCUCUGCAUCUUCUACGAUACCAUGAUAAUAGAUUUGGGAAACACCCACGAUUUAGAUACUUCAUACUAAACAUACGGAUGCGUCAUCGAAGUCAAGCCACAUCCUCUAUUUUUUUUCAAAUACAACAAGAUGAUUCUCUACCAACAACAAUUUCGGAUCUAUGUCAAAGUCUAAAGGACUUGCCUGAUGACAAGCUUGUUGACCAACUCAUGCAGUUUACCUCAUCAAUUCGUGGCACACGCCUAUUCUGGAACAAACGUAGAGGAGAGCUCUCAGACAUGGUUAUUCAGAUUGGUUGUCCAACACUAUUCUUCACCCUCAGUGCAGAAGAUACAAAAUGGUCAAACUUGCAUAGUAUCAUGUCAUCCAAUGCACCUACAAAUCCAUAUGCAGCUUCUAGAUGGAGGAUACAAAAUAUAGUGCAAACCCCACACAUUACUGCAAUAUACAUGCACCAUAGAUUUACAACAUUUCGUGAAGAGGUCUUUGAAAAACUCCUUGGUGCAAAAGACUAUUGGUAUGAGUGGCAACACAGAGGAUCUGCACAUAUCCAUGGUUUCAUUUGGCUCCAUGAAGCACCUAACUUUGAAAAAUUACAAUGGAAUAACAUUCAAUCAGUACAAAAUGCACUUGACUACAUUGAUAGAUAUGUCUCUGCAUGGAACCCAAAAAACAUUGAAUUAAGAAACAUAAUGAUUCAUAGAUCUCCUAUUGCUUGA